UUGUUGGAUAUGUUACCAGAUGAGUUUCGCAUGAGGGAGUUGUUGCGUCCGAUCAAGAGUUCGGGAACUGAGAGAAUGAGGGAGUACGGCCUCCGGGCACGGGUAUACCGGAAGAUGCUCGAGGCAUGGGAACGAGUACACUUCGCCUCGGCUCCUUCCUCCUCCAACGAUAAGGACAACAGUGGUAUCGUUAUUCGCAACGACAUAACUAAGAUCAUCAAACACAACUCACCCGACCUGCUGCACACCUAUGACGACAUGACAGCCUUCCUUCCCCGUUUCUCCAAUCUCCUCUUCCCUUGGACCGCGCCCUUUCACCCAUCACACGCGUCCCUGCACGCCUCGCUUGCCACAGGCGGCCGUGGUAUCGUCCUCACAGCUGGUGAUAAUCAGGCACCAUUCCUCCUUACUGGGAUCAAGGUGCUAAGGGAACUGGGGUGUGAACUCCCCGUCGAGGUCAUGUAUCUCGGUGACGAUGACUUAGGCGAGGACUGGAGGGAGAAAUUGGAGGAGUUGGAGGGUGUUGUUACGAGGGACAUGGCGAGGAUGGUCUCGGAUCGUGGAUGGAAACUCGCGGGAUGGGCAGGGAAGCCGUUUGCGAUUUUGUUGUCGUCGUUCAGGGAGUGUAUCUUCAUCGAUGCCGAUUCGCUCUUCUUCAAGGACCCGACGAUCUUGUUCGAGGAUAAGGGAUACAAGGAGAAGGGAGCUCUCUUCUUCAAGGACAGGCUCAUUUUCCCGGAGAGUAAGAAAAAGUUCUUGCAGGAAAUCUUACCGAAACCACUCAGCCCCCAGGUCAAAUCGAGUCGAUUCUGGACUGGUGCUUCGGGCCACAUGCAAGAAUCCGGCGUCCUCGUCAUCGACAAAUUCAAGCAUUUCGUCGCGUUACUCAUGGUCACUCGUCUAAACGGACCAGAUCGUGAUGGGUCAGGAGAGGGUGAUGAUAAGAUUGUGGGCGUGUAUGACUUGGUGUAUGGAGAUAAGGAGACGUUUUGGCUUGGGUGGGAGCUGGUGGGCGAUGUUGGGUAUGCGUGGAUGGAGGGGGGACAGGGAAUUAUGGGGAUUGUGAGGGCGAAGGAGAGGGGGAGUGUGAAGGAGGAGAUUGAUAAGGAGAAGUUGGAGAAGGCCAUUGGAGGGCCGAAGGGGUACGAUGAGAAGGGUGGUCCCCACACCAUCUGUUCACCCCAACUCCUCCACCUCGACCGCGACGAAACCCCUCUCUGGUUCAACGGCUGGCUCGCACCCAACAAAUUCGACGACGUCCCAACCCCCGCUGCCGCCCUAUCUCCCUCACGGAAGUCAGCCUUACAUUUCGAUAGUUGGCUGAAGGAACCCGGGGAGUGGGAGCUAUUGGAUAGUAAUAUCUGUUGUUUGACGAGUGAAGAGAGGACGGAGUUUACGAUGGGGGAGAAAGAGGUGCUUGGGAUGAUGAUC